UGGAGUGUCUUUAACACAGGAGUGGAGGACUUAACUUUCAGCAACGAAAAUAUGAGAGCCCUGCAUCCAGUUUUUGUCGGUGCCUUCCUGACUCUGCUGCUCUGCCUCCCCAGCCCUGGUCAUGGAGAAUCCUACUUUGGGGACAGUUUCUGCAGUUUGCAUGCCUUCCAAGAUGUCUCCACCUUCCACCUGUCACUUCAGAUCAAGACAAGUCGACGAAGCGGGCUGCUGCUCCUGGCUGCGGGAAACGAGGACUACCUGUUCCUCGAGCUUCAGAAUGGGAAAAUACAGGCUCGGAUGAGCAUGGGCAAUGUCAACGUAACAAUGUCCUCAUCUCAAGCUGUACGGCUGAGCGAUCUUCAGUACCACAAAGUCUCACUGGUGCUGCAAGACGGCACGCUCACCAUGACAAUCGAUGAUGCCUUUCCAACAUAUGUUCCUGUGAGCAAUGAUGAUGAAGAGCUCAAUAUUGACCGGGGCAUUUGGCUUGGAGGAACCGGAGACCUGGCUACCCCGUACCUCAGUAAUGCUAUUCCUCCUUUUCGUGGCUGCAUAACUGAAGUCACAUUUAAAUCCCAUCAGUUUGAUAUUCUCACUUCAGCAUUUAAACAGUGCCAUGACACAAAGGAAUCCUGCAGCAGUGAGUUUGAGGCUGGAGAUGGCGAGGCCACCAGUUUCAGCACUCCUGAUUCCUUUGUAUCCUUCCCCACCUGGAGCGGAGCUAGUGGUUCUCCAAGGGCCUUGGAGUUUCUGAUGAAAACCACCAUUGAGGAUGCCUUACUUGUUUUCCACCCAGGCCGAGAUUCUGACUUCAUUGCUGUUGGUGUUGUGAAAGGCCAUCUCAAAGGUUUACUGGACCUCGGUAGUGGUAUAAAAGCCCUGAAGAACACCCAGGUGCAGCUGGAUGAUGAUCAGUGGCACAGAGUUAAGAUCAUAAUCAGUCAGGAUUCUUUUGUUCUUAAUGUAGACAGCCAGUCUUCCUCCCUUCCUCUUGACCCAUCACAAAAAUUGGACUUGGUUGGAAGCCUGUAUUUGGGAGGCAUCCAGGCAAAAAUGAAGGAAUUCUUUCAUGAGAGUGGGCCAUUGAGUCACUUCUAUGAGGAGGAUUUGACAGACGAGUCCUUCAUUGGAUGCUUGCAGGAAAUUAAAGUGAAUCAGAAAGACAGAAAUCUGCAGGAUGCUCUGGUGACCAAAGACGUUCAUGUUAAAUGUGAAGGAGAGGACUAUGACUACUCAACUUAUGAUGGAGACUUAACCACAACCUCCCCUACUGUCAGUAGCCCAUUUUUUGAUGUUGAUUUGAGUCAACAACAGAAGUGCUACCCAACAGAAAAUAUGCCAGAGAUAUAUAGAAACGUAACAAAGCUUCUAGAUGUCACCCCGUUACUUGUGCCAGAAGGUGGAGAGGUUUUUCUUGAUAUCAACAACUUAAACCCUACAUUUGACCUCAGUGCUGCAAACAUGCAUCAGUCACAGAUUGUCUUUACUCUCCUUAGUGAUCCCUGGUAUGGCUUGAUUGACAUGAACAUUAACAGACAAGCCGUAAACAAGUUUACUCUACUUGAUGUUGUCAAUAAGAAAAUCAAGUAUAUGCAUGAUGGAAAUGAAAGGCUUGAAGAUCAAAUCAGGCUAGAGGUGGUUGUUCAAAGUUAUACCUACCUUCCUGAAUGUUUAAAAACCCCUCACAAUUACAUCCUCCCAGUUAAAAUCCGUCCACGUGUGGUGUAUGCUCUUCCAGUCGACACGCCACAACUUAGUGGAGAAGAAAUCGCCAUCACUGAAAAUGGCCGCACUCGUUUGAGCCUCAGCAUCCUCAAGGUUGUGUAUUCUGACGCCCUUUGUGAUGAACUGGUUGUAACUGUUACCUCAGAUCCUUUCAGGGAUGUUGGUUACUUGGAAAAUAGAGAGCAACCAGGAGUGAGCAUCUCAAAGUUCACUUGCAGGGAGCUGAAAGAUGGAAAUAUUUAUUUUGUACACAGAGGUGGCAGUGCUGGUGAAAUUACCUUGAAAGUGUCUGAUGGACAGUCAGUAAGACUUUCCACUACGUCUAAGUUGUCUGUGACACAGCCACGGAUAACUAUUGUCACUAACGCUGGCCUUCGUUUAUCACAAGGAAAUAAUGCGACCCUAGGCUUUCACAAGCUGGCUGCUCUCGCUCAUCCUCCUAAUGGAGAUAUUACGUAUAACAUCACACAACCGCUAACAUUUGGAGAACUGCAGAUUAUGACCAAUGAUGGAAUGUACAAGCAAGUCACAACUUUCCAUCAGUCUGAUCUAGAUAAAGAGCUCCUUAGAUACAUCAGCACAGACUCAAGUGACCAGAAAGACAUUGUGGAGGAGCGGAUCCAGUUCAGUGCUCAUCUGGGGCAGUUAUCCCUCUGGAACAAUAUCUUCUUAGUCAAGAUUGUCCCUGCUCCUGUGAAAGUUUCUAAUCUGGUACCAUUGGAAGUGGAGGAUGGUAAACAGCCAAUAAUCACAGAGCUUCAAGCUGAAGUACCUGGCAAAAUCCUAGAACAAAAAGAAAUUAAAUACAUCCUCGUCAAGCCCCCAACACUGGGUAGCCUCCUGCUGUCAGACCAAGAGCUGGGUGAGGGUGACAUAUUCACCCAAAAAGAUAUUUUGGACCAUGUUGUUAGCUACAGGGUCAGCGUGCGAAGAGCUAUGGAUGCUACAGAUCAGUUUCAGUUCAAAGUCUUUGCUGGGGAUGAGCACUCUCCUCUGUACACCUUCCCAAUUAAUAUCAUUGCCCGUGCAGGUACCCCCGUUUUGACCAAUGAGAGGCUGGUUGUCUUACAGGGCAGUGAGCAUGCCAUUAACAAAAACUACCUUUGGCUACAUUCUCUGGAUUCUACUGAUUUUGUGUAUCGGAUUACUCUAGAGCCAAAGCAUGGAAGGCUAAUAAGGGACUCCCCACCUGGAAUGCCUAGAUUUGAGGGGGCAAUAAGAGUUUUUAGUAAUGAAGAUCUCCAGCUUGGAAGGCUUAUUUACAAGCAUGAUGGCUCCAAGACGAGCAGCGAUGAGUUCAAUUUCUUAGUAAAUGAUGAAAAAGGAGAGAUGCUGAGUGAUGUUUUCAGAAUAUCGAUCCAUCCCAAAAACGAGCAUGCUCCUGUCAGGAUAGUGGAUAAAGUCUUCAGUGUGGUCCGUAAUGGUCAGCGCCUGCUAACAACAGACGUCGUUCAAUUUAAGGAUGAUGACUCAGGCUUCAAUGACAGCCAAAUUGUCUACGCUCGUGAGGGAAUCCUUUCGGGCGAUAUUGUCUCAACAUUAAAUCCAUCGCAACCCCUUUUCCGCUUUACACAAGCCGACCUACAAGAUAAGAAAGUCUUAUUCAUUCACCACGGAGCAGAUCGGGAACGUUUAACACUCCAGGUGUCAGAUGGCUUCCACAAAACCACUGCGCUGCUUCAGAUCCAGGCAGGCGAGCCCUACCUGCGAGUGGUGAACAACACAAUCAUUGUCAUUGAUCAUGGAAGCACCAAGACCCUUAAUACCACCCUGCUGAGUGCAGAAUCCAACAUGGACAUCAGAGAUGACAGUGAGAUUAAGUUCCAGAUUACAUCUCCACCCAGAGAUGGCAGGAUUAUUGUGAGUGGGAUUGAGGCAUCAGUGUUCACCCAGGAAGACUUGAAAAAAGGCGUUGUGUCAUAUGAGCACAAUUAUGAGAGUCUGAAGUCCAAGGACUCCUUCAGCUUCACUGUCCAAGCACAUGGACGUUCCGAAGAGGGAAUAUUCAAGAUUAAAAUAUUCAAGCAAGGUUACUUCUCUGAGCCUGAAGUGAUUAACAAUGAUGUCAUCAUUUCCUAUGAGGGCGAGCACACCGUAAUCAGCCAUAUUCAUCUCAAGGUGGCGCAAGCUGAUAUUUUGCCAAGUGAAAUGGUGUUCACAAUUAAAGAACCUCCUCGGCACGGACAUGUGGUCAAGCUGACGAACAGCUCGGCCACGCCUGUCCUCGACUACAUUCACUCUUUCACCCAGGAAGACGUUGAUCAGGAGCAGAUUCUCUAUGUGUCUGCACCCAUCCAGGGAGAGGAUGUGUUCACAGUGGACGUCAGUAAUGGUUUUACCACAGUGGAGGACCUGCACAUCCCUGUGAACAUCGUGCCCAGGCUAAUCCCCAUCCAGACCUUUAACUUCACUGUGAAAGAGGGCCUUAGCAGAGCAAUUAAUACAGAAAUUAUAAACAUCUCACAUCCCUUCUACAGCUCAGCACACAUUGAAUUUAACGUGGAAGAGCUGCCACAGCACGGGGAUCUCCGCUACUUGGAUGGAGAAGACCUUUCUUACUUUACAUUUGAAGAGAUGAAACUUGGACAAAUCUACUACAUGCAUGACAGCACAGAGAGCACAGAGGACAGUUUCACACUCUCUGCCACUGCUUAUGAGAUUGAACGCAGGAGCCUCUCUGUCACCAUCUCAAUUACGGUCAUACCUGUCAACGAUGAGCCGCCAAAACUGACACGCAACACCGGAAUGGAGGUUCUUCACGGUGAGGAGGCUGAUAUCACCUCCAGCAUGCUGAGCACUGAGGAUGCUGAUACUCCUGCAGAGGAGCUGAUUUACAACAUUGAAAUGCAAACCAAUGGGAUGGUUGCACUGAAAGAGGCUCCUGAUGAUGAGAUCCUAAAUUUUACGCAGGCUCACAUAAACAAAGGAGAGGUCAUCUUCAUUCACAGGGGUGAGGAUUCUGGCAGCUUCAGUUUCACGGUGACAGACGGCGAGCACACGUCUCCUCUCUACAGAUUUGUCGUCACAGCCAGGCCGCACACCAUCACUAUGGUAACGCAGGAGGCGCUCAUGGUAUUUCCAGGAACAAGGCAGCUCAUCACAAGUGCCAAUCUGGGGGCUGUAACUAGUGAGGAUGGAAAUGAGAUAAGCUACUCACUUACCCGCCCACCUCGGUUGGGAAGACUCAUCUUGGCCAAUGACAGGAACCAAUAUGAGGAAAUUAGUCAGUUCUCACAAACACAGCUGGAGUCAGGAACGGUCUACUACGAGCACCAGCUACCUGAGGAACCGUUCUGGGUGGUGAGGGACUCCAUUGAGCUCACUCUCUCAUCCCAGCCAGCUCCAGACGUCCACCACAUGCUGCCCAUAACUGUCUCCUACUACGCUGCACACAGCAACAUCUCCUCACAGCUGUGGAGGAACAAAGGUCUGGAUAUCGUGCAGGGUCACAGGAAAACCUUUGAAGAUUCAAUUCUUGAUGCCUCCAACCUUCUGGCUAGCCUACCAGAAGAUAAGCAAGGCGAUGUGGAUGUAGUUUUUGAAAUUAAGCGUUUCCCUGGUCAUGGUCGUAUCACGCUGGAUGGUCGGGACCUGCCCCGUGAUGCCCCAACCUUCAUGCAGGAAGAUGUUACUCAAGGAAAGGUGGAAUAUGUCCACGAUGAUACAGGAGCCUCAUUUGACAGCUUUGCUUUCAGAGCCCGUCUGAAGUCUGAGGGCCGUGGUUUGGCCUCACCUGCCGAGUCUGUGGUCCUGGAGGAGGUCUUUAACAUCUCAAUUAAGCGGAGGGGCUCUGACCCCCCCGAACUAGUCACUACAGAAACACUCUUUGAGGUUAUUCAAGGCUCCAUGACCAUCUUGACCAAGAAACAACUGAACACUCACGACGAGGAUAGUCCUCCAGAUGAGGUGCACUUCAAAGUGACCAAAGCACCAAGCAAUGGUCGACUAGUUGACUCGGGCACAAUGGAGUCCAUCUCUAAGUUCACACAAGAGAUGGUCAGUCGUGGACAGGUGGGCUUCUACAGUGAUGACAGCCUUGCAGACAGUUUUAUGGAAUUCACAGUAUCAGAUGGAGAACACCAGACAGAACCACACACACUGCACAUUGUCGUCCUGGCCCACACCCUGCUUCUUGACAAAGCCCCUGAGAUCAAGGUGAAACAGGGCAACGAUGAGACCAUAGUGACUGAAGAGAUGUUGAGGGUCAGUACCGGGGGCCCUGUUGAGGAGGACAUCCUUUACAAAAUCACAAGUGUUCCCAAGUACGCAGCUGUCAUGGUAGAUCGGCAGCCUACGUCUGCCUUUACCCAAAAACUGAUCAAAGAAGGCCGAGUCAGUGUCCGCUUUGUCAAGUCCACUUCACCUCGAGACAGUGUUUCAUUUAUAGCCCGCAGCCAGGCUGCUAACAUUUCCUCUGUCCUCAACAUCACUGUGCAGCCUCUAGCCAACAUUGCUCAGGAUCCUCUCUUACCCCAGGGUGCGCUUGUCCAACUGGACAAAAAGCUUCUGGAUGCAACUCCCCUCGCCAACAAGACCAGAGCCACCCCCAUAUUCACUGUCAUCCAGCAACCAAGAGGGGCUCGGUUUGUAAAGUCUGGAGGUUCUAAUGCAGGUGACUCCGUGAGCUCAUUCAGCCAAAAGGACCUGGAUGAGGGCCGUGUAGCUAUGGAAAUUUUAAAUAGUUCUUCUGGAUCUCACGGUGGUGUCACUCAGGACGAGGCCCGCUUCCUGCUCAAAGCCCACGGGGUCCCGCCUGCAGAAUGUGUGCUUUCCUUCCAAACCGGUCCCUAUAAUGCCUCUGGGGUCUACCCUGUCACUCUGUUGAGGAUUCCCUCUGAAAGAUCAUCCAAAGGCAGUAAUGACCUCCCUGUGUUCCCUAAAGCCACUCCAGCAAGCCCUCACUGGAAGGGCAACAUAGACUGGCCCCACGGAAAUAUCCCCACUACAACUUCUGGCUCUAGCCCACAAGGGAAACCACAGGCUGCCCAGCGUGGCAACAUCUGGAAUAUUCUAAUUCCUAUCAUGGUAAUCCUCCUUCUCUUGCUACUGGCAGCCGUCUUGGCCUACUAUGUGAUUCGUAAAAACAAGACAGGCAAGCACAAUGUCCAGACGGCAGCAUCCAAGCCCAAAAACGGUGAGGUGGCCACCACAGAGACCUUUCGCAAAACCGACCCAGCCAAUAACAUCCCAAUGUCCAAGAUGGACUCCAAAGAUGCAGACCCGGAGUUGUUGCAGCACUGUCGGACAACAAACCCGGCCUUGAAAAAGAACCAGUACUGGGUCUGAAACACUUUGAGAUCGGACACAGAAGGAGUGUUGGGAAGCCUCCUCAAAUCAUUCCUCUCAGUAUUAAAGACCUCUUGCCACAGCAAUUUAAAUGAGACUAAUUUUUUAAGCCCUUUACUUAUCUCAGCAUAGCUCUGGACAAAUUCUCAGGCAAUGAAACACUGAAUAGUUAUUGGUAAAGAAAGAGGCAGUUUCUUAUCUACAGGGGCUCAUGCCGCGUCUAUUUAUUUUAGUUUUAUCAUUCCUCUUUGUCACAGGGCACAAAUGAAGACAUAAACAUGCCAUAUGUUUGCAAAGAAGUAUUUGGGGGGGCGUUCUGCUCGUGCAUUCCACAUGUUACCAUAAGCCAACAUUAUUCAGUGAGUGGAUAGAAAAUUUAAAGCCCUGGGUAUGGUGAGAUUCAGUUUUUGGUUCAGAAAAGUUAAGCGCGUUAGUGUUCCAUUGAUUUACUUCAUCACUUAUCAAGAAGAUGGGAAAACUGCCUCUUUGUAUUUGCUCUAUAUUGUUUAAAGCUCCUUCGCUUCUCAGGGCUAAAUUCAGUUUAAAGGAGAACACGCGUUCACUCACUUUCUCACUAAAGAAAAAAAAGAUAAGAAGACCGGUACCAUUUUAAUAUCUGUGCAUACUGUUCGCUGCAUCACGUGUCACUGAUCGAAACUUGAACGUGAAGCUAUAGUCUAAACUUUUCUCUUGUUUUUAGUGUUUAUACCAAGCUAGGCAGAGCUAACCUAAAGGUCUUCUGGUUGUAUUGAAUACACAAAUAACUGGGCUGUACUAAGCUCGUCACCUAAGAGAGGAAAUAAAUAAAUGUGUUUCCUUAAGUGCAGAACUUUAAUUUCAUCAUGAUUAAACUUGACUUCUAUCACAGUUUUGCUGAGAAAAUCUUUUUUUUUUAAAGGUGUUUAUAAUAAAAACCUUGUUGUGACAACAUGCACAAGUUUAAUUGAAUUUAGCUCUGAGUCACGUCAUCAUCUGUCAUAUGUUAUUAUUUCUAAAUGCUUCCAAAGUACUUGUAAAUAUUUACUGGACUGGCACAGCACUGACCGCAUAACUACACACCACACAGUUUGUAGACCUCAAGCAGGAUGUUGUUUUAGUAAUGGUGGCCUGUAAGACAUCCACAUUGGCCGACAGGCAGGGGGUGAGGUCAUCCCAAAGUGGGACGUUUCCAGUUUCCUGAGUGUGGAAUUAGGAGUUAAUUAAAUGAUAAAAAUAAUCGAUAUUGGGAUGGGAAUAAUAAAAUGAUCCACUUGUUAUGUUAAUUAAAGAGGUAACUCACAGGAGGCCUUUUAAAGUAGCUUUGGUUUUGAGCGUGUAAGCAGAAUAUGUAGACGGUAAACAUAAGAAGUUUUUUUCAACUUUUUUUUAAUGUUAAACCUAAGAAAAGUAGAAACCUCUUCUUUUUUUUGUCACUCUGGCCUGUGUGUUUAUCUUUUUCAAGCUAAAUGAAGCAUUUAAGGUGAAGUGAAAAUGCACCAUAAAAAAUUUUUGAUCCCAUAAAGAGAAAACAGACUGGUUUUCUAAGAUGGUUUGACUAUUUGCUGUACAUUUUUUUCCUCAUACUGUAUUACCAAUGACAGCUUAUUUUUUUUGCUGGUCGUAUACUGAAUAUACCACAGAGUAUUCAUCUUCUAUUGAUCUUCUAUUUUUGUAGUGUUUUGAGUAAAUAUAGGUAGCUUUUUUUUUUUUUUUUUUUUUAGACAGCACAGAGCUCAGGAAGUGAUGUGUUUAAGGAGACUGUGUAUUUCCAGUGACAUUAUCUCUUACAGAUGGGUGAAAUGAAAAGCUAGGUUCCCUCCUGCAGCAUAUCACAUCUGCAUCAUUCCAGUUUUAUGUGUAAAUAUUGUGUUUUUUGAGUACAAUUUUGGGCCUGAUUAACAUUUUUGAUAUCUAAACCCACCGAUCACUUUAUUUACGCUGUGAAAUUUAAUCCAAUCCAGUAAAGAGUUCAGCCUUUAAAUCUUUUACAUGUUCACAAUGCUAAUAAAUACUUAGCUUUGGCUGAUAUAGUUCCUAUGCUUUCAUAAUAUUUCAAGGUCAACAAACACUGAAAAUGCACAAGCUUAAAAAAAAUAGGCAGAGCUGUUGUAUUGGGAUGCAUUAGAUUUUACAGAUAUACCUAAUAAAGUGGCAAGGGAGUGUGUAUAUCAUGUUUUGCAUCAUAAGGUACUCUGUAUGUACAUGUAACUACAUUCAGUUAGACUGAUCAGCUAUAUGUGUGUGUGAGUGUGUGUGUGUGUUUGUGCAGGUGCCCGUCACUUUCCUGUUUUCUGCUUACUGCAGGUUUCAUCACCUCCUCCUCUCCUUAUUCAUUAUUUAUUAUUUCUGUCACUCCCCAUACAUCAAUUCAUAUUCAAGUUAUGUGUAUUUUGUCAGAGAUGAAGCUUAUCUGUAAACUGCAGGUGCCUUUACAGAAUAAAUAGUGCUAUUAGGGAAAUGCAAAUUGUUUCUGGAAUAGGAGAAAUGUCCUUUAAAGCUGCAGUAUGUCCCACACUUUCUUCUCAGCACUAAUGGAAAUAAAAUGUUUGUGCAACAAAAA